GCUGCAGAUUAAUUCAGAUUUUGUAUCUUUCUUUCUCUACCAGUCUGAUACGUACUUCUGCAUGUCAAUGCGCUUGCCGGUGGAUGAGGAAGCCUUCGUGAUUGACUUUAAACCUCGUGCCAGCAUGGAUACUGUCCAUCAUAUGUUACUUUUUGGAUGCAAUAUGCCUUCUUCCACCGGAAGUUACUGGUUUUGUGAUGAAGGAACCUGUACAGAUAAAGCCAAUAUUCUAUAUGCCUGGGCAAGAAAUGCUCCCCCUACCAGACUCCCCAAAGGAGUUGGAUUCAGAGUCGGAGGAGAGACUGGAAGUAAAUACUUUGUACUACAAGUACACUAUGGGGAUAUUAGUGCUUUUAGAGAUAAUCACAAAGACUGUUCUGGUGUGUCCUUGCACCUCACCCGCCUGCCACAGCCAUUAAUUGCUGGCAUGUACCUUAUGAUGUCUGUUGACACUGUUAUUCCACCAGGAGAAAAAGUGGUGAAUUCGGAUAUUUCAUGCCAUUACAAAAAGUAUCCAAUGCAUGUCUUUGCCUAUAGAGUUCACACUCACCAUUUAGGUAAGGUUGUGAGUGGGUAUAGAGUAAGAAAUGGACAGUGGACACUGAUUGGACGCCAGAGCCCCCAGCUGCCACAGGCUUUCUAUCCUGUGGAACACCCAGUAGAUGUUAGUUUUGGUGACAUAUUGGCAGCAAGAUGUGUAUUCACUGGCGAAGGAAGGACAGAAGCCACGCACAUUGGUGGCACAUCUAGUGAUGAAAUGUGCAACUUAUACAUUAUGUAUUACAUGGAAGCUAGGCACGCAGUCUCUUUCAUGACCUGCACGCAGAAUGUAGCUCCAGAUAUGUUCAGAACCAUACCACCGGAGGCCAAUAUUCCAAUUCCUGUGCAGUCUGAUAUGGUUAUGAUGCAUGGACAUCACAAAGAAACAGAGAACAAAGAUAAGACUUCCUUACAACAGCAGCCAAAAGGAGAAGAAGAAGUGUUAGAACAGGGUGAUUUCUAUUCACUACUUUCCAAGCUGCUAGGAGAAAGGGAAGAUGUUGUUCAUGUGCAUAAAUAUAAUCCUACAGAAAAGGCAGAAUCAGAGUCAGACCUGGUAGCUGAGAUUGCAAAUGUAGUCCAAAAGAAGGAUCUUGGUCGAUCUGAUGCCAGAGAGAGUGCAGAGCACGAGGAGAGGGGCAAUGCUAUUCUUGUCAGAGACAGAAUUCACAAAUUCCACAGACUAGAGUCUACUUUGAGGCCAGCAGAAAGCAGAGUUUUGUCAUUACAGCAGCCCCUACCUGGUGAAGGCACCUGGGAACCCGAACACACAGGAGAUUUCCAUGUCGAAGAAUCACUGGAUUGGCCUGGAGUAUACCUGUUACCAGGCCAGGUCUCUGGGGUGGCUCUGGACCCUAAGAAUAACCUGGUGAUUUUCCACAGAGGUGACCAUGUCUGGGAUGGAAACUCUUUUGACAGCAUGUUUGUUUACCAGCAAAGAGGACUGGGGCCAAUUGAAGAAGACACUAUUCUUGUCAUAGAUCCAAAUAAUGCUGCAGUACUACAGUCCAGUGGAAAAAAUCUGUUUUAUUUGCCCCAUGGCUUGAGCAUAGAUAAAGACGGAAAUUAUUGGGUCACAGACGUUGCUCUGCAUCAGGUGUUCAAACUGGAUCCAAACAGUAAAGGCGGUCCUCUGUUAAUCCUGGGAAGGAGCAUGCAACCAGGCAGUGACCAGAAUCACUUUUGUCAACCCACUGAUGUGGCUGUGGAUCCAGACACUGGAACCAUCUAUGUCUCAGACGGUUACUGCAACAGUCGGAUUGUGCAAUUUUCACCAACUGGAACGUUCAUCACACAGUGGGGAGAAGAAUCUUCUGGGAGCAAUCCUAAACCAGGCCAGUUCAGGGUUCCUCACAGCUUGGCUCUUGUGCCUCAUUUGGGCCAAUUAUGUGUGGCAGACAGGGAAAAUGGUCGAAUCCAGUGUUUUAAAACUGACACCAAAGAUUUUGUGCGAGAGAUUAAGCAUGCGUCAUUUGGAAGAAACGUAUUUGCGAUUUCAUAUAUACCAGGUUUGCUCUUUGCGGUGAAUGGGAAGCCUUACUUUGGGGACCAAGAACCUGUACAGGGAUUUGUGUUGAACUUUUCCAGUGGGGAAAUUAUGGAUGUCUUCAAGCCAGUGCGCAAGCACUUUGACAUGCCUCACGAUAUUGCUGCGUCAGAAGAUGGGACUGUGUAUGUUGGAGACGCUCACACCAACACUGUGUGGAAGUUCACCCUGACUGAAAAAAUGGAACAUCGAUCAGUAAAAAAGGCUGGCAUUGAGGUCCAGGAAAUCAAAGAAUCCGAGGCAGUUGUUGAAAACAAAAUGGAGAACAAACCGGCCUCCACAGAGUUGCAGAAGAUGCAAGAGAAACAGAAACUGAUCAAAGAGCCGGGCUUUGGAGUGCCCAUUGUUCUCAUUACAACCCUUCUGGUUAUUCCGGUGGUUGUCCUGCUGGCCAUUGCCUUAUUUAUUCGGUGGAAAAAAUCAAAGGCCUUUGGAGCAGAUUCUGAACACAAACUUGAGGCAAGUUCAGGAAGAGUGCUCGGAAGACUCAGAGGAAAGGGAAGUGGAGGCUUAAACCUCGGAAAUUUCUUUGCAAGCCGGAAAGGCUACAGCCGGAAAGGGUUUGACCGUCUUAGCACCGAGGGAAGUGACCUAGAGAAAGAGGAGGAUGAUGGAAGUGAAUCGGAAGAGGAGUAUUCAGCACCUCUGCCUGCGCCCUCACCUUCUUCCUCCUGAAGACGGGCUUUGAUUUAGGUUGAUGAGAUUUUCCAAGAAUGCCCGAUUCCUUUCCCUUUAGCACGUUUAGAGUUUUGCGUAUUUAAUUGUAAACUGUACUAGUCUAUGUGGGACUGUACAUGUUUUAUUUCAUUUGUUUUUAGUUGGCUUCUGUUUCUAGUUGAGGAGUUUCCUAAAAGUUCAUAACAGUGCCAUUGUCUUUAUAUGAACAUAGCCUAGAGGAAUGGUCCUCUUCUUCCAUCACACUACUAAUUUAAUGAUGGAAGCUUUGCUCAUUUACAUUUUUGAGACUUUUCUGUAGAUGUAAAUAACCCCAUUCUCUGCUUGAACACAGUAUUUUCCCAAUAGCACUUCCAUUGCCUAUGUCUGUCUUUGGUGCCUUUCCUGUUCAGCAUUCUCAGCCUGUGGCAGUAAAGAGAAACUUUGUGCUACAUGAGGACAAAGCUGCUAAAUCUCCUAUUUUUUUAAAAUCACUAACAUUAUAUUGCAAUGAGGGAAAGAAAAAAAAGUCUCUAUUUAAAUUCGUUUUUUAAUUUUCUUCAGUUGGUGUGUUUUUGGGAUGUCUUAUUUUUAGAUGGUUACACUGUUAGAACACUAUUUUCAGAAUCUGAAUGUAAUUUGUGUAAUAAAGUGUUUUCAGAGCAUUA